AUGGACAGAUUAGCUGCCGACAUCCUAAAACCUGUUGACCCUACAUUUAGUACAAUGCAUGACAGACUUAGAAGCCCUAGGUUCUAUCCCUACUUCAAGGACUGCAUAGGCGCAAUUGAUGGAACCCAUAUACCAUUAACUGUGCCUAGUAAUUUAUUUGUCCAGUACUUGAACCGCAAGGGUAGAACCACACAGAAUGUCUUAGCUGUCUGUGACUUCGACAUGAGGUUCAGUUUUGUCCUUGCUGGAUGGCCUGGAUCUGCUCAUGAUAUGAGAGUCUUCAAUGAUGCAACAUCAACUUUUGGUGAUCAGUUCCCCCAUCCACCUCCAGGGAAAUAUUACCUUGUUGAUUCCGGGUACCCAAACCGGCUUGGUUAUCUAGCCCCAUACAAGGGAACCAAGUACCAUAUGCAAGAGUACAGAAACGUCGGCCCUCAAGGUAAAGAAGAAAUCUUCAACUAUACGCAUUCAUCUCUUAGGAAUGUCGUAGAGAGGGCAUUUGGUGUUAUGAAAAUGAAGUGGCGUAUGUUACGUGAUGUUCCCCCAUACUCCACCGUAAAGCAAAGCAUGAUAAUAUGCUCUUGUAUGGCACUACACAAUUUCAUGAGGACUAGUGGAGUGCAUGACAGGCACUUUGAGCAGCUCAAUAGGGAUGCUAACUAUGUGCCACCAGAGGCAUUUGAGUUCCAGCCGGAUCCUGAGGUCGUGGAGGAUGAGUGGAAUGUGAUGAAUCAGUUUCGUGAUUCAAUCGCCACUGCGUUGUGCACUGGUGUUUGA